AUGUUGUCGGUGAAUUUUCGUCCUUAUUUAUGGCAUAUUGGUCGCCAUGGCCAACGUGCGCUGGUUACCCGACCACUUCCCAGCAAAGCGCACGAAUAUACGAAUCAACCGGAAUACCCUGCCAUACAGGAUUUAAGUUACCCGGCCAGGAAGAAACGCGAACAACAGUCAUGGCAUCAUAAGAUAGCAAAGCUAAGCUCAGUGGAGGAAAAGCUGUUCGAAAUUAACAUGCCCAAGUACUACGGAUACAAAGCGAAUAUGCUAACAGACGAAAAGUUCCCGUACAACAUUAAACCGUUCGUGCAGUAUGCGACCAGGACGUGCUUUCAGCAAGGUUUACCCCAGUUCUACGAUCCGCUGAAAGAAGAGGCCUCCAAGAUACUGCAAACUAUGCAGAGUGAGCUCGAGGACACAGUUGCUUUCGAGCUUUCAAGCUACAGUCACCUAUUGCGCGACGGAAACGUAUCUCCAAUGGAAAAGGAAGAAACGGUGACCAGAUCCCUGCUGAAGCAGCUAAACCGUACACUAGCUAAUGCACUUACUUCAAACUGCAGUCAUUUAAGUGAGAUCGAGACAGAUUUCGAUCCUAGACAUGAAGCAUUUUGGUUUCUUGGUGGCAUCUAUCCUCCGAAGCUGGUCAAAAAGAGCAAAGAAGGCGUCGAAUGGCAGAAACAAUACGCUAACGAUUCGUACGAUCGCAACAUCCAGUAUAUGGGUAAGCCAUACAUGGCCGUAAGACACAAACAUCCGCUAGAUGCUUUCGUUUCGAAGGAACUAGAAUCACUCGACGUUAAGCAAGAUAACGUUGAAGUACCAGAUUAUCGGUACGAUCCGUUAGCUUUGGGAUAUAUGACCAAUUUCCGUCAUGCUACGACUGUGCCAGGGUUUUGGCCUGGUGAUCAGCAUGAGUUUGGCUUGAUGUCGUUUCAACGACGAACUCACGCACACGACCGCUACAAGUAUUGUGCGGUUGACGAUUUGGAUCAAGCUAUCCAUGCUCAAGGUAUUUUGUCCAGCUUUGCUUGGUUGCUGGGUCAAGCCUGCUAUCAGGGGUUUUCUGUGUUCAACGAUGUAACGUACCCGUUGGCCACCCAAACUAUUGUAACCGAUGGCAAACAUUGGUCCUUCUAUGCGUAUCAGCUCAAUACGACACUACUGCACUCGGAUCAAGUUGAUGUUAACAAUCGAUAUAACUUGUGCUGGGGAACGGAAGCCCUGCAGCUGUACGAUUCGAUUGACGAGAGUGGUACCAUCCACGGCCUCAACAGUGAAGUCCUUCUUCAGUUGAUCAUGUUCUACAUCAACCAACCGAAGGAACGUGCAGCCAACCUAAAGCCAUACCUGUGCCCAACGGAAACGCGCGUUGCAGAUAUCGAGGAUGUAAACCGGCGAACAUUUAUGGAGCAAGCGUACAAGCACUUGGUAUCGAACCGGCCCCGUCACCGAUUAGUGCCGGAAGUGUACCAGUGGGAAAAAAUUUACAAAAUAGACCACAAGACACGGCCGAUGGAUGCGAAACGUAGACCGUUUGAGUUGGGUCAAAAUAUGUUUAAUCGACGCUUGGACGAGCAUGCGCUGAAGUACAUUCCCCGUGCUGUGCGUCCGGAUGGCCCUAAGAGUAGACCUAAGUUUGAGGCGACGUACUAUCCUAACGUACGAAGGCAAUAG